GAUUGCAUUUGCCUUCAGUGAUUCACAGAGUACUGAAAGAUUAGGAAAAGAACUAAAGAAAGGAGAAAAGGAAAAGAAGGAAAAGGACUCUAGUGAAUGUGAGACAAUGCAAAAGUUUAAAAGCUAUAUUUAUAUUUAUCUUCUCAUGUUAAUCAUACCUGGUCCAGUGGAUCCAAAUGAAAGUAACCAGGCAAAUGAGAAUAUAGAAAAAGAUGGACCGUGCAAUGCAUGUACAUGGAGGCAAAGUACAAAAUCUUCAAGAAUAGAAGCUAUAAAAAUCCAGAUCCUCAGCAAACUGCGUCUGGAACAAGCACCUAACAUUAGCCGGGAUGCUAUACGGCAACUUUUACCUAGAGCUCCUCCAGUACAAGAACUGAUUGAUCAAUAUGAUGUCCAGAGAGAUGACAGCAGCGAUGGUUCUUUGGAAGACGAUGAUUAUCAUGCAACAACUGAAACUAUUAUUACGAUGCCAACUGAGUCUGAUUUUCCUAUGCCCGUGGAAGGAAAACCCAAAUGUUGCUUUUUUAAAUUUAGCUCUAAAAUACAGUAUAAUAAAGUGGUAAAGGCUCAGUUGUGGAUAUACUUAAGACAAGUCCAGAGGCCUACCACAGUAUUUGUGCAGAUCCUGAGACUCAUCAGACCCAUGAAAGAUGGUGCAACUUCUACUGCAAUUCGAUCCUUGAAACUUGACAUGAACCCAGGCGCUGGUAUUUGGCAGAGCAUCGACGUGAAGUCUGUGCUGCAAAAUUGGCUCAAACAACCUGAAUCCAACUUGGGCAUUGAAAUUAAAGCUCUGAAUGAAAAUGGAAGAGAUCUUGCUGUAACUUAUCCAGGACCAGGGGAAGAUGGUUUGAAUCCAUUUUUAGAGGUCAGGAUUACUGAUACGCCGAAAAGAUCACGUAGAGAUUUUGGUCUUGACUGUGAUGAACACUCAUCAGAAUCUCGAUGUUGUCGGUACCCACUGACUGUGGAUUUUGAAGCUUUUGGAUGGGACUGGAUCAUUGCACCCAAAAGAUACAAAGCAAAUUACUGCUCUGGAGAAUGUGAAUUUGUGUUUCUACAAAAAUAUCCACACACUCAUCUUGUGCAUCAAGCAAAUCCAAGAGGUUCAGCAGGCCCUUGCUGCACACCUACUAAGAUGUCCCCAAUAAAUAUGCUGUACUUCAAUGGAAAAGAACAAAUCAUGUAUGGAAAGAUACCAGCCAUGGUAGUAGAUCGCUGUGGGUGCUCCUGAGCCCUCCAUUAGGUUUGCUACUUCAUAAAUAUGGAGUCUACAAAAAUUUCCUUUGAGCAAUUUUUGAAACUGUGAAUUUUUGAACAAUAGGCCUACCUCUUUUAGGCUGCACUCUAGGCUAUUAUAAAGAUUUCUUACCAGACAAACUACAGUAUGUGAACGGAAGGACAUUUUAAUACAUGGCUGGUUUCCAACCAGUGAAAAGAUAAGCUACAAUCAAACUUUCAGGAUUUCACAAUGAUUUUCUCAUUCUGGAAAGGGAUCUCUUUUCAUUUAUGCAAACAACAUAGUCAUAUAAAGGUAUCAGAAAUAGAUAAGGGCAACCUCCUUAUAUUCCAGAGAAUGAAAAGGAGUGGAUUAUUAAACAUACUCUCAACAGUUUAAUAUACAGGUACUAUUGCAUUUACAGUAGAGGAUAGACUGGUGAUAUAUAGUGAACAGAGUACCAAUGAAUUGUCCUCAAACACUUGAAUUGAGUUUAGAGUAUAAAAACUGAUAAGAUGAAAUUCCACAAAACAGAAGUCCACAAAUUAGGUUAGAUAUUUUGUGAUUCCAUUCCUUUUAUAAUUAGUAUAUUCAUUCUAGUGGUGCUAUCUCAUUGAGCUUAAUGGUUCCAUCCCAAGAUUUGUUGCUAGAGCCCUGAGAUAUAGGAUAGAAUGUACCAACAGUUAGAUUACCACAAUGACCAGGAUCCAAAGGGUAGCCCCUGGUGAUGAAGCAGCUCCAUCAAUUGAAAUCGGAGGAAACAACCCUAUUCUGUCCUGUAACCCCUAUGGGCAACUGUGGGACGCUAAGGAUCCUAUGAGCAAUUGUGGGGGGCUACAAGGCCACAUUAGCCCUCCUGGAGAACUUAGAGAGUUGCACCUCCCACAACUCUAAAAGACCCCCACAAAACCCCACAAACACCCCAGUUUGCUCCCAAAGCUCUCUUUAGCAACAGAAAGUGACCAGAGUGCCUUUUGUACUCUAAAAACCUGCUCUGAGAGACUAGGAAACCCUAUGGGACAGGUUUUUAGAGAGCUGCAAAGGGUGGGAGAAGAAGGUCUUCUUGUCGAUGGUAGUGUAGUGUUGGAUUUAGGGCCUAGUAACAAAACUUUAUAUUGUAGUGGAACUGCAGACAGCCAUCGGAUUGGAGUGGUAAUAUUUAUUUAUACAUUUAAAACAUACGUAUAAAGCACAAGAAUUGAUGUUCCUUUCCUGAAGUAUAGUUUAUUAAACAUUCACAAGGAAUGGAAUUUUUGAAAUUAAUGAGUUUUUGUACUUAAGCACGCAUCCAUAUUACAGGAAAUGAGGAAAGGGAAAAAAAGUUUCUUUAUGAUAAGAUAAUUAUAACCCACAAUGCAACAUUACAGUUUGCACUGUGGUAAACCAAUGGACAAAAUUAAUAAGUACAAUAUUGUAAAAAAACAAAAAUGAAACAUUGAUAUAUUACUAAGUUUGUAUAAUACACACACACUUAUUAUUAUGAUGAUGUAAAUAAAUGUUUGUUUUUUUAUUUACUAUUAAUAUACCAGACUAUAUGGUCAACAUGUUUUGGGUUAACUUGUUCUAUCAUGUGAAAUUACAUUUCUAACAAUGAUAUCCAUUAAGGUUUUCUUCUUAUGUAGCAAGUGCACACUAUAUUGGGAACAUUCUUAUGCUCCUGAAAGCAGUGCAUACACAUGGUAUUCUCGUUAUCACUUAUUGCCCCACUGACCUGUUGUACAUUUGUGGAUUGCAACGGUUCUGCUUCUUCACUUGUAUUGAAUGAGAAAAGCUUCAUGUAAGAGUUCUAGGUACAUAUGGAUUAGUGGAUCAGAGCAAUUUUGGAUAUAAUUGCUGCUGGACUUCAAUGUAAACCAUAGGAAUAGUGUAUAUAGUCACCUCUCCACAUUUGCAGCUUUGACUUUUGUGGAUUUGAUCAUUUGCAGAUUUGAAUAAUAUAUUCUUUCUAGCAAUCUCUAGGUCCUCCAGUGUAACUCUAUGGCCAACGUUUGCCAGAGGUUGUGCUGGAGGACCUAGAAAUUCCCAGAGAGAUGUUCUCUCAGGUUAAAAAAAAUAGUGUUUUCUUUUUAUUUGCUGUUUGUCCACUUUCAUGGAGACCCUGCAUCCCUAACUCUAGUGAAUGUGGAGGGCCCACUGUAUAUUUUCAUAUCAACCUUCUUUUUUUUUUUAACAUUAGUCAGUUGCACAUGGAGAUAAACAGUGGACAUUACUUGUUGAAUGCAAAGGGGAGUAUUGUUUUAUAUCUUGUCUUAAAGCAUGAAAAAAGUGAAGCUUAAUUCCAAGAUGGGCAAGAGAAACAUGAAAAUGCCUGUAGUAUCUAUCAGUUAUAGCAGUGCAUGGAGCUCAUGCACAAGCAUUUUCAGAGCAGUACUAGUGGCUGUUUUUCAUCAGUCACAGCUCUUUGGUUCCAGUUGUAUGAAUAAUCAAUUUUGUAUUGAUUCAGCUAAAAUGUAAUUUUUCAUACUUUAGUAAUAUAUCAAUAUACUGUUGACAACAUAAACCAUAAUAUGUUCAUUAACUCUAUUUUUCUUAAGAACUAAAAUCUUACAAAAUAUUUUAUUAUUUUUAUUUUAUAAGUAUGCAAUAAACCUUAAUUAUCUCAUAUUACUGUAUAUUUUGCUCAGCAAAAAAUUUAAAAAUCUACCUAUUUCCUGUUAAGGGACUUUUUUCAAAUGUGAAAGAGUAUUGAAAAUACAGACAUUGUACAAUAACCACUAUAAUUUCUGUUAAAAUAUUUUAAUUUUUGUACAAUAUCAGAACUGUA